AAGACUCUGUCUGGCCACACAAUGCGUGCUAUACUGAUAACUGUCCUUGUGGCGGUGGCGCAAGCCUUACCAGAACAGUACCAACAGUUCAACCAAGAGCAGACUUACCAACAUAAUGAGCAAUUUGCUCACAAUCAGGAGUAUCAGCAGAGCAAUCAGUUCCAUCAGAAUCAAAACGAGAAAUUUCAUAAUGAGCAGAACGAACACAGCGACCAGUUCCAUACAGAGCAUCACCUACACAAUCAAUUCCAGACUGAACUUCACGGAGGUGUAACUCAUGAUGGAGGUGUCGUACCUGGUGUUCUGGGCGUAUUGGGAACUCUUGGCAAUGAAGUCCAUGACGUGAAAAAAUUCCACGAGAACUUGGAUGAUGCUAUCCUGGGCGGUCUAGUCGGUAAAAAUAGAAAACGUUCCGACCCAUUGGUGAAUAUAUUUGGAGUACAUAGUCACAACCAAUUGAGUGAAUUCUAUUACAAAUAUACAGGUUUUAGAGAAAGACAACAGUUUAUGACGUAUUUGUUGAAGGAAACUGAGCUUAAUUCCCCAAAGGAGAUUUUCAAAUUCCUGAAAGCAUGCAAGGGUAAUCGUGGAUGGUACUUCUACGAUCAAAUAAUGAUAAAGUUGACUGGCAAUACCAAUAUUAAAGGCUGCCUGCGACUGUUACAACUGCUCACUGGGAAGAAGAAUCCACUUGACGCCUUCGAAGCCAUAAAACCACUGACCGGCCAUGACGAUAUUGAAGGUGUCUGGGAGAUGUUGCAGAAAAUGUCCAGUCGAAAGAAUAUGUCAGACGUAUUCGAUUGCUACGAACACGAAGCUGAGCAUAUGGAAGGAAUAACUGAUGCCACUGCUCUGGAUGGGGUAGAGAAUUACGUCAACAAGAUGACAGGAGGAGAGGGACCGGACGCUUUGUCUGGAGUCUUUCUCGCUUUGAAGACUGAUCUAGAUUGGGAUUCAUCAUACAACGUUCUAAUGGGCGCUAUGAGAUGUAACGAUAUGGGCGAAGCACCGGUCGAAUUAAAACAAUUAUUGAACGAAGAUGAAUUCUCCAAGUGUAUAUGGUUAUUAAAGGAGUUUACUGGAAUGACGAAUUUCAGAUACGCUAUUGAACAAAUACUACAAGACACGGGGAGGUUCAGUUUGAAAGAAGUCGUGCAGCUUCUUUACAAAAUUACUGGAGAAAAUCGACUUGAUAGAAUUCUAGUUCUCGUACGACGGCUGUUUAAGGUUAAAAACAUAACGGAUCUAUUCCAACGCAUCAACAACCUGACGAGGAAGCGGGAUCCUCUCCAAUUCCUCAUCAGCAUCAUGGACCUCACGCAGCAGAACACGAUCGAAGGCGCUUGCAAUGAGAUCACGGGUCUCACUACUGACAAAAUUGACGCCAUAGCGGUUCUAGAACAAAUACAGCGCGAUUCGGCCCACGAAGAUGUCGUUGACUUCUUGAGACAACUUAUGAUUAAAGUUACUGGAGCGAAAAAUUUGACACAAGGCUGGAAAGUGAUUAUAUCCGUAACAAAGGAAACGGAUAUCUUCGUGCUGAUCAGGCGUUUCAAGUUAUACACACACACUAACAUAAUAAUCGUUGUAUUAACGAUUUUGCGUAUUACCAACACGUCUACAUUGCCAGUCGCAAAUAUUAAAAUUAACAAGUUACUGGGCAUCGAAGGUUUCUUUGAAUGGUUCGAGGUUAUUCACAAAACAUCGAAUAUGGAUGUAAUCAAAUUCUUUGAUUUGUUCACUACAUUGAGUAAACGAUUACUUUUGGACAACGCAAUAACGAAGUUAUUGGCUUUUACAAAAGAAACAACUUUCAUCGACGCUCUUAAAGUCCUAACUGUAGCUACUGGACACAAAGAUUUAACAGGUCAAAUAAUAUAUAUGAAAGAUAACAAACCAGCACUUAAUACGACAACAACAACAACGACGACGACGACAACAACAACGGAAGCGCCAAAAUCGGAGAUAUCGGGUAAAGCAUCUAUUAUCUCCGAAGAAACAAAAACCGAAACGGAAAAUGGUGCAACUAUAACUAUUAUAACAACAACAAAAGAAUCUCCUGUUAUUAUAGACAAAACUCAACAAAUUACAAAUGAAAAUGCACCAGAAACUGUCAUAACUCAAGGUCCGCCAGGGUCCAAGCUAGAGGGCACCAAUCCUAAUGGACCAGAAGUUACUCCGCAAGAAUCCAAUCCAGAGGGUACCAAUCCCAACGGACCAGAAGUUACCCCGCAAGAAUCCAACCCAGAUGGUAACAAUCCCAAUGGAUCAGAAGUUACCCCGCAACAAACCAAGCCAGUGGGUAACAAUCCCAAUGGACCAGACGUAACUCCGCAAGAAUCCAACCCAGUGGGAAACAAUCCUAACGGACCAGAAGUUACCCCGCAACAAACCGAGCCAGUGGGUAACAAUCCCAAUGGACCAGACGUAACUCCGCAAGAAUCCAACCCAGUGGGAAACAAUCCUAACGGACCAGAAGUUACCCCGCAACAAACCGAGCCAGUGGGUAACAAUCCCAAUGGACUAGACAUAACUCCGCAAGAAUCCAAGCCAGAGGGCACCAAUGCUAAUGGACCAGAAGUUACUCCGCAAGAAUCCAAUCCAGAGGGUACCAAUCCCAACGGACCAGAAGUUACCCCGCAACAAACCAAGCCAGUGGGUAACAAUCCCAAUGGACUAGACGUAACUCCGCAAGAAACCAACCCAGAAGGUACCAAUCCCAAUGGAACAGAUGUUACCCCACAAGAAUCCAACCCAGAGGGAUGCAAUCACAAUGGAUCAGAAGUUACCCCACAAGAAUCCAACCCAGAGGGAUACAAUCCCAACGGACCAGAAGGUACCAAUCCGAAUGGACCAGACGUAACUCCGCAAGAAACCAACCCAGAAGGUACCAAUCCCAAUGGAACAGAAGUUACCUCGCAACAAACCAAGCCAGUGGGUAACAAUCCCAACGGACCAGAAGUUACCCCACAAGAAUCCAAUCCAGAGGGUACCAAUCCCAACGGACCAGAAGUUACCCCGCAACAAACCAAGCCAGUGGGUAACAAUCCCAAUGGACCAGAAGUUACCCCGCAAGAAUCCAACCCAGAGGGAUACAAUCCCAAUGGAUCAGAAGUUACCCCGCAACAAACCGAGCCAGUGGGUAACAAUCCCAAUGGACCAGACGUAACUCCGCAAGAAUCCAACCCAGUGGGAAACAAUCCUAACGGACCAGAAGUUACCCCGCAACAAACCGAGCCAGUGGGUAACAAUCCCAAUGGACUAGACAUAACUCCGCAAGAAUCCAAGCCAGAGGGCACCAAUGCUAAUGGACCAGAAGUUACUCCGCAAGAAUCCAAUCCAGAGGGUACCAAUCCCAACGGACCAGAAGUUACCCCGCAACAAACCAAGCCAGUGGGUAACAAUCCCAAUGGACUAGACGUAACUCCGCAAGAAUCCAACCCAGAGGGAUACAAUCCCAACGGACCAGACGUAACUCCGCAAGAAUCCAACCCAGUGGGAAACAAUCCCAAAGGACCAGACGUAACUCCGCAAGAAUCCAACCCAGAGGGAAACAAUCCCAAUGGAUCAGAGGUUACCCCGCAACAAACCAAGCCAGUCGGUAACAAUCCCAAUGGACCAGACGUAACUCCGCAAGAAUCCAACCCAAAGGGAUACAAUCCCAAUGGAUCAGAAGUUACCCCGCAACAAACCAAGCCAGUGGGUAACAAUCCCAAUGGACCAGACGUAACUCCGCAAGAAUCCAACCCAGUGGGAAACAAUCCUAACGGACCAGAAGUUACCCCGCAACAAACCGAGCCAGUGGAUAACAAUCCCAAUGGACCAGACGUAACUCCGCAAGAAUCCAACCCAGAGGGAAACAAUCCCAAUGGAACAGACAUAACUCCGCAAGAAUCCAAGCCAGAGGGCACCAAUGCUAAUGGACCAGAAGUUACUCCGCAAGAAUCCAAUCCAGAGGGUACCAAUCCCAACGGACCAGAAGUUACCCCGCAACAAACCAAGCCAGUGGGUAACAAUCCCAAUGGACUAGACGUAACUCCGCAAGAAUCCAACCCAGAGGGAUACAAUCCCAACGGAGCAGAAGUUACCCCACAAGAAUCCAACCCAGAGGGAUACAAUCCCAAGGGAUCAGAAGUUACCCCGCAACAAACCAAGCCAGUGGGUAACAAUCCCAAUGGACCAGAAGUUACCCCGCAAGAAUCCAACCCAGAGGGAUACAAUCCCAACGGAUCAGAAGUUACCCUAAUACAAACCAAGCCAGUGGGUAACAAUCCCAAUGGACCAGACGUAACUCCGCAAGAAUCCAACCCAGAGGGAUACAAUCCCAACGGACCAGAAGUUACCCCACAAGAAUCCAACCCAGAGGGAUACAAUCCCAAGGGAUCAGAAGUUACCCCGCAACAAACCAAGCCAGUGGGUAGAAAUCCCAAUGGACCAGAAGUUACCCCGCAAGAAUCCAAGCCAGUGGGUAACAAUCCCAAUGGACCAGACGUAACUCCGCAAGAAUCCAACCCAGUGGGAAACAAUCCCAACGGACCAGAAGUUACCCCGCAACAAACCGAGCCAGUGGAUAACAAUCCCAAUGGACCAGACGUAACUCCGCAAGAAUCCAACCCAUUGGGAAACAAUCCCAAUGAAUCAAAGGUUACCCCGCAACAAACCAAGCCAGUGGGUAACAAACCCAAUGAACCAGACGUAACUCCGCAAGAAUCCAACCCAGAGGGAUACAAUCCCAACGGACCAGAAGUUACCCCACAAGAAUCCAACCCAGAGGGAUACAAUCCCAAUGGAUCAGAAGUUACCCCGCAACAAACCAAGCCAGUGGGUAACAAUCCCAAUGGACCAGACGUAACUCCGCAAGAAUCCAACCCAGAGGGAUACAAUCCCAACGGAUCAGAAGUUACCCCGCAACAAACCGAGCCAGUGGGUAACAAUCCCAAUGGACCAGACGUAACUCCGCAAGAAUCCAACCCAGUGGGAAACAAUCCCAAUGAAUCAAAGGUUACCCCGCAACAAACCAAGCCAGUGGGUAACAAUCCCAAUGAACCAGACGUAACUCCGCAAGAAUCCAACCCAGUGGGAAACAAUCCCAAUGGAUCAGAGGUUACCCCACAAGAAUCCAACCCAGAGGGAUACAAUCCCAAUGGAUCAGAAAUUACCCCGCAACAAACCAAGCCACUGGGUAACAAUCCCAAUGGACCAGACGUAACUCCGCAAGAAUCCAACCCAGAGGGAUACAAUCCCAAUGGAUCAGAAGUUACCCCGCAACAAACCGAGCCAGUAGGUAACAAUCCCAAUGGACCAGACGUAACUCCGCAAGAAUCCAACCCAGUGGGAAACAAUCCCAAUGGAUCAGAAGUUACCCCGCAACAAACCAAGCCAGUGGGUAACAAUUCCAAUGGACCAGACGUAACUCCGCAAGAAUCCAACCCAGAGGGAUACAAUCCCAACGGACCAGAAGUUACCCCACAAGAAUCCAACCCAGAGGGAUACAAUCCCAAUGGAUCAGAAGUUACCCCGCAACAAAAGAAGCCAGUGUGUAACAAUCCCAAUGGACCAGACGUAACUCCGCAAGAAUCCAACCCAGAGGGAUACAAUCCCAAUGGAUCAGAAGUUACCCCGCAACAAACCAAGCCAGUGGGUAACAAUCCCAAUGGACCAGACGUAACUCCGCAAGAAUCCAACCCAGAGGGAUACAAUCCCAAUGGAUCAGAAGUUACCCCGCAACAAACCGAGCCAGUGGGUAACAAUCCCAAUGGACCAGACGUAACUCCGCAAGAAUCCAACCCAGUGGGAAACAAUCCCAAUGGAUCAGAGGUUACCCCACAAGAAUCCAACCCAGAGGGAUACAAUCCCAAUGGAUCAGAAGUUACCCCGCAACAAACCAAGCCAGUGGGUAACAAUCCCAAUGGACCAGACGUAACUCCGCAAGAGUCCAACCCAGAGGGAAACAAUCCCAAUGGAUCGGAACCAAAUCCUCGAGGACCUUCAUCUCAAGAAAGUCUCGGAAGCAAUGCUGGUACAGACGGAACCAGCCCUGGUGGCAGCGAAGUGACUUUAAGUCAUAAUCCAUGCCCUGAUAUUAGUCCAGUCGAGAAACCAGCUUCUGGAUCUCAACCUACAGCACCCGGACAAGACAUACAGAACAUAGAUAAUCUUCAAGCAUUACAAACAGUUGUCGAUCUACAGUUUGUCAUCCUGCCCCGAGGACCGAAAAACACGAAAAAUUGUUACUGCACUUGUGAAAGCCCGUCCGCGCCAAAAUUAAUUAAAAUGAAGGACCUACCAUCCGGUAUCAAAUAAUACCAAGAUUUAAUUAACUAAUUGUUAGAGUUAUACCUAUAGUGUGUUUUUCUGUAAGAUACGAAAAUAAUUUACUCUAUGGUUCAAACUUCAAACUGUCAUGUUGGAUUUCCAUGUAGGGCUAACUCCAAUCUUUAUCAUUUGCAAAGCUGCUUGAAAAUGAUACUAGGUUAUAAAAUAAUAAGGAUUAAAUGUCAGCUUUUAAAAUUAUUCCUAAACGUCUUUAUUGAGAAUUGUCAAUUGUCAAAAUUAAUUCCUUUUGUUCCAUAUAGUACAUGGCAGAUUGUACUUUGCUGUAUUUAUGUAUUUUACGAAAUGUUGAUGAUCAAAAUCAAAAAUAGUUAGAUUAUCCCAAGGGUGGAUCUAAAACUUGGCAUCAAGAGCGUAUAGACAAAAGAUAUUCUUCGACUGUUGGUGGUUAGGUCCGGUACGUCGAAGAUUUCUAAAAUAAAUGGAAUUCCUCCCUGAAGCCUCACAAGACCCCCAAAUCGCGUUAACAAUGUAUUUUCGAGCCUUUGGGCAGUAGGUGGCUGACGUGAGCCUUCAGCUACGAAUUGCGUCUGUAACGUCAGUUGUCAGUUUGACAACUGAAAUAUAUUUUUUAAAUUUGGCGUGACGAACACUUAAAAUUUUAUCUUUGAUUGUCUUUUAAUUAAUAAUCUGUAACUAACCGUGUUUUAAACGUAUACAUUUGUUUAAUUUCUAAUAAAUGUGUGUUUUUAUGU